CAUAACAACGUUGUCAAUGUAUUACAUGGUUGGAGUCAGAAAGCGCAAAAACUCAUGAAAUGAUCAGCAUUUGUGUUCAAUUGGUGAAUCAACGUUAUAAAAAAUACUGUAUUUGUGUGCCAUAAUGUCUACGAAGAGCUUUCGUGGCGCGCCGUUCGGUGUACAAAGCGCACGAUUCGACGUUUCUGGCGUGCAUCCGAAAAGUAAGACUCCCGGAACUCUGACGCAAGUUGCCUACGACAAGAAAGCAACGAACGACAUCAGUCGCAGCCUGGGACCUGGAAAAUACAAUGUAGCCAAUGGAUCGUUCAGUGCUAAAGUUGUCAGGGAAAGAUCAUCUGGACCAGGAUGGCAACGAGCUUACGAGACGAUGCAAGAAUCUAAAUGUCCCCAUCUUCUAUAUAUAGAGGAAUGGAAAAAGAAACAGACACAAAAAAAGCUACUUGGACCAGGAACUUAUGAAAUAAAAGAUUUUUCCGAAUUACUUGACUCAAAACCAGGAAGCGUACGUGGAAUUUGCGAAACAAGAGAAAGACGAUUCAAUUUUCUUAGAAAGAAUGACGUUCCUGGUCCGGGUACCUAUGGGGAAGGCGGAAUUCCAAGCGCUGCGAUAGAGAAAAAGCAAAAACGCUCAAAAAGUUGCAUUGGUAUGCUGGAAUCUGGGAAGUCUGAAAGAAAACUGCCUGAAGUCGGUUCGCAUCUAUGCCCUGGUCAAUACAAUUACAAGAGCUUUUCAGAUGAACUAACCGAAAGGGUCGUCAGCAAACGUGGUCCGUACGACCUUUUCACAGGUUCAAGAAAUAAACCACUCACUGUCGGUCAUUUUGCUGCGCCGAAUCGAGCUAAUCUUGGUCCAGGACAAUACGAUAUCCGUUCAUUUCUGAAUGAAUUGGCAAAUGAACACUAUAAUCGUCGGGGAAGAUUUUUGAAAAUGGAAAGAUUCCCAGAUCACCCAGGGAACAGGAUAUAUUUCAGUACUCUGAGUCAAUAUCCACGUGGAAAGAUCGAUAUUGGACCAGGUUCGUACACACCAAUGGAUCUCAGCAAACCUGAAGCAACUAAACGAUCCGUUUUUGGCUCCUCAGCUGGACGCUUUAACAAACACGCAAUGAAGUACUUCAAGGCUAGCAACAAUCCUGUUGGACCCGGUCGUUAUAACGUCGACAGAUUUUACAGAGCGCAAACAGUGAAUGGAAACUCGAGUGUUUUCAACUCAAAAACGGGGAAACUCGAUCUCGUUCGCGACAAUUACAUGAUAGAAAGAAUUCGAAAAACAGUCCUACCAACAAAAGAACGCGUUCUCAUGGUACCUAUAGAUGCAGUGUGAUCGUUCUUCCAUAAAAACUAUCGAACGAAGUCAACUAGGUCAACAAUUUUUGCCUCAAGUAGAUUCGAGGAGUUUUGUGAUACAUUUGCGCAAUACAAUUUUUUUUCAUUUUA